AUGUCGGUAGAUACCGUUGAGGAGGCUUUUCAGCUGAAGGAGGAAUUAAAGGAGAUUUUCCGCAAGGCCGGAAUGACCUUGGCAAAAUUCAAGUCCAAUUGUGCGGAAGUCAUACAGGACGAAUGUGACUCUGAUGUGGAAGCAAUGGAUGUAUUGGAGGAAGAAUCAAAAACCUUGGGUGUGCUGUGGCAUCCUAAAGCUGAUACAUUCCAGUACAGAACUGCCAAAUUCGAUGAAACACUUCCGGUUACGAAACAUUCUAUCUUGUCGGAGACGGCACGCAUAUACGAUCCCUGUGGGUUCAUAGGACCUAUCAUUACCACAGCAAAGUUAAUCUUCCAGGAAACUUGGUUUAGGAAAGUGGAUUGGCAUGACAAAGUUCCUGAAGACCUCAAAGUGCGGUGGUUGGAGUUCAUGUCUGAUUUGGAGCACAUUGGUGAAAUAAAAAUCCCACGAUGCAUUUCGCCCCUCCAAUCGGUGAGUCGUCGUGAAUUGCACAUAUUUUGUGACGCCAGCAAAAGAGCUUACGGAGCAGUAGUGUAUGUGGUAAGCUCAGACGAUAGUGGGAAUCGAUCUUCACGUAUGUUGACAUCAAAAUCCAGAGUCUCACCCUAUGAUGACAAAAACAACCUCAACUUAGAGCUUAUUGAGCAGUGUUCAGAGGAAUCUUCAGAACAGCUCACCAUUCCAAGAGCAGAACUGUGUGGUGCAGUUAUGGCCGUGGAGCUGGCUGGUGUGGUGGCAACUGCCCUCCACAUUGAGGACUGUUUUUUUUGGACUGAUGCCACGGUGAUCUUGUGUCAAAUUCACAACCCCAAACCUCGGCAAGACAUAUUUGUCAAAAGGAGAGUUCGCGAGAUACUGGCUGGGUCGGAAGCUUCACAAUGGAGGCACGUCUCUACAACACAGAAUCCAGCGGAUCUUUUGUCCCGAGGUGCAACCGUCAGGCAGUUAGCAGAAUCUUCUCUUUGGUGGACAGGGCCAAGUUGGCUGUGCAACGACCCACUAGAUUGGAACAAGCCAUUUAUCCCAAGUGAAUGUUCACUUUCUGGGAGAAUUAGACAGAUUCCACAGGCUGCCAUACAGUCAGUCAGUUCACAGCGGACAGAGGAUGGAGCGGAGAAUACAUCAGUAUAUCAAACGCUGCUACAGAACAUCAGCUCGAUCACAAGGAUGAAGCGAACCCUAGCAUGGGUUAUUAGGGCGUGCCAAUUCUUCAGAGAGCGAAGGCAUCGAACAACUCGUAGCGUAACAGCACAACGAAAGGCUUGUCUAAGCACAACGGAAUUGCGAAAUGCGGAAACCUACAUCAUUAGGUGGGCUCAGCAAGAAGCAUUCGGAGAUUUAUUCAAGGCUAUACAACGAGGAAAACUGGAGACUACGCCAAAGCUACAAUCGCUAAGGAAACUUCGACCGUUUAUCGACAGUGACAACAUCUUGAGAGUUGGAGGCCGUCUGGCUAGAUCACAUGAGAACUUUGAUGUGAAACACCCCAAAUUACUCCCCAAAGGAAGACUCUCUGAGCUCAUCAUUCGAAGAAGUCAUGUUGAAUUGUUGCACGCUGGACCGCAGCUGGAGGGUGAGAGCGCCUACUAUGCAACAACUGAUGGGGGAGCUACCCACACCCAGAGUACAUCAUGUGAGAGCCUUUAG